AGAAGUAGACUUAUAGAGAGGUAGCAUCUCAACAGUAAAAUGCCCAUAAAUAAAACAAUACUCUUACGUAGGGUGACAUUUCCCUCUUUUUUUCAGUUCACUUAAAAAUUUGAAACAAAUGUUUGGUUGAAAGGGAGGAAAUAGCACACUGCAAUCCACAGCACCAACCUCCUGGAGUAUUGGCUAUGGCAGGAUAUGAAACUUUCUCUGGGUAAACAUUUGCUCAGGUCUCAGCAGCCAGCACCUUUCAACAAACUCCUGUGAAAGGCUCAAUGGAGAAAAAAUAAAACAAGCAGGCAGCUCUCCUGCCAGACUCCAGCCUGCCAGCGACCAGGCGUCUCCUUGUUGUUUCUCUAAGUUUCAAAAAAAUACGCAGGCUCAUCAUGACUACACAUCAUGUUCUCGCCCUCAUUCUUGUGGUUACAACAGGUACUUGCAGGGCUGCCUAUGCUGACUUUGAUUAUGGAGGGAUGCCCGUCCAGAUCAACCGGCUAUUAGGAGAGCCCAGUGUGUUGACUCUACGGGGUAGGGUGGACUCCAGCUGGUAUCGUGUUCUAAAUAGGCAGGGCUGCCCUCUUGAGUGCGACUGUCCCAUACAAUGGCCGUCUGCAAUGUUCUGUGACAACAGAGGCUUGUUUUAUGUCCCCACAUCCUUUUCUCCAAAGUCACAGUACCUUUUCCUGCAGGGAAACAGCAUUACAGCCUUGCCGAAGAGCAUGUUUGAAAACACCACACUUGUCCGUUGGCUCAUUUUGGACCAUAAUGUUUUGACCAGCUCCCAGAUCGACAACGCCUCCCUGAAGGGGCUGCACCACCUAGAGAACCUCUUCAUGAACUACAACAACUUAACAGAGAUUCCAUCCUCUCUGCCCAGCGGUCUGAAACAGCUUAGGCUGGCCUACAACAGAAUUAACAAGAUUGGACCGGGGGUGUUGGACAACCUGAAAAACCUCACAUUGUUGCUUCUCCACAGGAACCAGCUGAAGGUCAUUGGCGAGGCAGAUUUUAAAGGCUUGCAGUCUCUCAUUCUUCUUGAUCUCAGCCAUAACUCCCUGACUGAGUUUCCUACUUAUUUACCACCAUCCAUCCAGCAGCUGUAUCUGUCCAACAACUCACUGACAGCUCUCCCUGGCAAUUGCCUCAUAAACUUCAAGAACCUACAAUAUCUUCGCCUCAGCCACAACAAGCUGACCAAUGACGGGCUGCCCAGCACCGUCUUCAACACGUCUGCCAUUGUGGAGAUGGAUCUGUCCUACAACCAGCUAACCUCCAUCCCCAUGGUCCACGAGAGCCUGCAGUAUCUAUUCCUGGAGGCCAAUAUCAUUGAAGCGUUCAACACAAGCAGCUUCUGCCGGACAGUGGGACCAGUCAACUUCUCCAAGAUGAAGCUCCUCCGCCUGGAUGGGAACAGACUUUCAUACAGCCAACUGCCCUCUGACUGGGUGCUGUGCCUCCGGGUAUUGAGAGACAUCUACAUCUAGUACCUCCUUAGUUCAUCUCCAGUAAAGUGGUUGCUUCUUCUUUCUUUGAAUUUUUUGCUGUGUCCCUGGCAGCCAUGUGUUAUUUUGCUGUAAUACUGUAUUUGUGUUCAAACCCACUUUCAAUUACUGCAAUAGUAAUUCCAAAAACUAUCCAUUUAUCCAUUGGCUGAAUUUAUUUCAACAUGGAGUCAUAGAAAGGUGAAGCCUAUCCCUGCAGCUUCAGGUAUAAGGCAGGAGCUAGGCCUGGAUGGCAUGCCAGUCUACUUCAGGGCACCUUCAUGGACAACAACACAAUAACUCAAAUUUAGGCCAAUGUUUCUGUAAAUUUAGCCCACAGAAACUUCCACAAUGCUGGGAUUAGACACCGUCUUCAUCAUCUGAUGCACACCACAUGAGUUAUAAGAUGUGCUUUUGGAUGGGAAAGGUUAGAUUAGAAGCGGCCGGUGUCUUCUCUUCAUUCUACUAUUGACAAUUUGGAAGUGAUUAGAGUGAACAAAAGCCCCUGUUUAUUGGAUGUCUGGGUGGCUUCUGCAUGCUCUCCCUGAAGGUGUGUGGCUUCCCUCCAAAAGACAGUGGGACUGGGAGUGAGUCCUGACUGCCAUCAUCAACUUCUGCCCCAAGUGACCCCAACCAGGAGGACAAGUGACAUGCAGAUGGCCUUUUUACAACAAGGCUUUUUUUCUCAUCUGUAGCCUGCUUUAGCUCUCUGGUAUUUUUCUGUGUAAAUGGUUUACAGAGAUCUGACCUUUGGACCUGUGAGUAGGUGAAAGCAGAAAAACUCUGCUUCAGAAUAAAGUGUCCAGCAGUCUCAGUGCCUGUUGAAAAUAAAGCCAAAGGGGUACCCACCAGAUGUCCUUCUGUACCUCAUUGAGAACAGCUGUGCUGCCGUGUAAGGGUUUCCAGGUUACACGCCACACGUAUUCUUAACAAUUCACAAGCCCGCCUUCAUCUCCUAGUGGGCAACAGCAGCUGGGCUUUUAAAGAAGAGUAAGACCUGGAAUGUUCUCCGAUUAAAUAGCUGGAAAAUGACUUCCAGAGUUUAAAGUCUUUCUUCUCAGAUCCUGUGUCUGCAAUCAUGGCUGCCGUCUUCUCUCUAAGCAACUAGAAACGUAAUAACGGCAAAUCUGUGACAUGUUCAAAGGUUGCAAGCAUUUCGAACAAAAGAAUCAAAAAACUAAUUCUUCCCAGCUGCUUGAUAAAAAAAAAGCUCAGGAGGCAAAAAAGUAAAUGCUUUUAAUCGGCAGUGUUACACAGGAUAAAAGAAAAUCAAUCACUGUUAGACUUUAGCCUUAUGAAUCAUUUUUACAAGCAGUUAGCUCAUGAUUGAGAGAGAAAAAUAUUUGGAUCUUGCAAGUGACGUAGUGCCAUCUCCUCCUGUUCCUUCCAACAGCAAAUAGUUAAUUUGACUGUGGGUAUGUGAACAAAUACAAUUGUAUUUCUCCAAUGUGUAUGGUUCCUUUUAAAUAAAGAAAAAAAAAUUUC